AUGGCCACCAAAUGCAGCAGAAUUAUCAACAGAACUUCAAUUUCAUCCCUCAAAUCCGCCUUCAAAAAGGCUCCGUCCCCUGCUUGCACACCGCCUACGUCGUCGUUUUCGAGAAUACCUGCUUCCGCGCCAUCUACUCCUCGCCGUUUCUCACUCUUCUCAAGGAUUCCGUCGGAAUUGGGAGCCGUGCAGUCGAUGCUGCCGCUGCAUAGCACGGUGGCGGCGGCGAGGUUGACGUCAUGCCUAAGCACAACAUCGAGGAGCUGUAGGGCACUUUCACAGGGUACACUCUGCUGCACUUCUCCAGACCUCUAG